AUGGCCGCUUCCAAGAACUCUGCCGCCGCCAAAGGCACUUCCACCCUCACUAUCCUCGCGCUGCUACUUGCUGCUUUCGCGUCUCUGUUUUACUACCUCGAGCAGCAUCUGGAAUCGUUCUACGUCUUCGAGCCCGAGCAUCUGCACGAUCUUUCGCAGCGAGCCAUUGCGGCGCACGGAAAUGACACCCGCGCCGUCGUCAGCUACAUCGUGAGCGAAUUGGAUGAGAAGGUUGGUGGGAAAUACCUGAAUUUUGACGAGGAGUGGGUGUUCAACAAUGCUGGUGGCGCCAUGGGCGCCAUGUACAUUAUCCAUGCCAGCAUUACUGAAUACUUGAUCAUCUUUGGAACCUCAAUCGGCACUGAAGGCCACACCGGCCGUCACACCGCUGACGACUACUUCCACAUCCUCCAGGGCACCCAGCUAGCCUACACACCGGGAUCCUACGAACCAGAAGUCUAUCCGCAAGGAAGCGUGCAUCACCUGCACCGUGGUGACGUAAAGCAAUACAAGAUGGACAGCUCUUGCUUUGCGCUGGAGUACGCGCGCGGAUGGAUCCCGCCAAUGCUCGGCUUUGGCUAUGCAGACACCUUUACGAGCACCCUCGACUUUCCCACUCUGUGGGCCACGACGCGGAUUACCGGCCGGGAAAUGAUUGGUAAUCUGUUGCAGGGGAAGAUCUAA